GUCAGCUUUCGAGCCGGUACAGCAAAAUGCUGGAUGGACACUGCUCUCUGGGAUGGCAACUCUUCGCUGUUACAGUCUUUCUGACCAUCGGCAACACCACUGCCUAUUUCGGUUUAACUGGUAAUGAACCACUCACCAUCUUGCCUCUGACCCAAGAAACAGAACAGACUCACGGGAAGGCCCACUUCAAGGUCUGUGAUCGUCUGAAGCUGGAACGGAAACAGCGGCGGAUGUGCCGACGGGACCCCGGAGUGGCAGAGACCCUAAUGGAAGCAAUCAGCAUGAGUGCCCUUGAGUGUCAGUACCAGUUCAGAUUUGAGAGGUGGAACUGCACCCUGGAGGGACGUUACAGGACAAGCCUUUUGAGGAGAGGUUUUAAAGAGACUGCUUUCCUGUACGCCAUCUCUUCCGCUGGACUGACUCAUGCCCUGGCCAAGGCUUGCAGUGCUGGGCGGAUGGAGCGAUGUACCUGUGACGAAGCUCCUGACUUAGAAAACCGGGAAGCAUGGCAGUGGGGAGGCUGCGGGGACAACCUCAAGUACAGCAACAAGUUCGUCAAGGAGUUUAUGGGACAAAAGAAAUCCAACAAAGACUUAAGAGCACGUGUUGAUCUGCACAAUACCAACGUUGGUGUCAAGGUUAUCAAAUCUGGUGUGGAGACCACCUGCAAAUGCCAUGGUGUUUCGGGUUCCUGCACCGUUCGGACUUGCUGGAGGCAGCUGUCCCCUUUCCAUGAGAUCGGUAAAUUACUCAAACUGAAAUACGAGACCUCGCUCAAGGUGGGCAGCACAACCAAUGAAGCAACUGGCGAAGGUGAGAUUACACCGCCGAAAAAGGCCAUCGCUGCUACUCACCACCAACAAAACCAGAUUCCAAGGACUACUGACUUGGUCUAUAUUGAUGACUCGCCAAGCUUCUGCCGGCCGAGCAAGUACUCGCCGGGCACUGCAACGCGGAAGUGCUAUAAGGACAAGAACUGCGAGAGUAUCUGCUGUGGUCGAGGGCACAAUACUCAGAGCCGAGUGGUGACAAGGCCCUGUCAGUGCCAAGUGCGCUGGUGCUGUUAUGUGGAGUGUAAGCAAUGUACUCAAAGAGAAGAGAUUUACACUUGCAAAGAUUAAAGCUUCCACUUUCCAAUGGAAAAGGCUCUGCGGAUCCAUGGUAAGGAACAGAAAAGUUCUGCCUGAGGAAAUACUGCAACAAAUCCCAAUAAUCCCAAAAAUGCAAGACAGAAUUCUGUUUUCAAUGUACGGCAGAUAUAUAAACUGCAUCGCACACCUCUUGGAUUCAAAGAGCUAAAGUCUGAAAUCAAACAACACAGAGAAGAUAGAUAAAUAUUGAAAGGUGCAAUGCCUCAUUCUAAACAAACCAGUUCACUGCAACAUCCUGGAUAUGAUGGACCAUCUUAAGCUUUUCACAGGCCAACAACAACUGAAUAUGCCAUAAAUGUCUUCAGUGGCUAUCCCACUGAUAAGAAUUUGAGAAAUUCACUUCCCACGGCUUUCAGCUGGGCCUGUUCAAGGUCCAUUGCAUGUCACUCAAUAUCGAUUAGUUAAUUAUUGAUGUUACAUAGGAACUUUCUAAAUAUUAGAUAGAACAGGUAGGGACAGAAAAGCUAGCAGGCGCCAUUUGGGCUGAAGAGCAGAAGAGUAAAGAAGCAGUUUGAAAGGCAGGUAGCCAAAGCUGAUUGGAUAAAGGAUAACCAAAAAGGUACAGCCACAAUGCAAAUAUUUAACAUAUUUGGUGGAAACUCAGGCCAUGCCCAUAGCAUCUUUGAGUAACACCUACUUUAUGUGUACUGCUCCCCACAUAUCUUCAUAGAAUGGUGGAGUGUUAGGGAGUAAAUAUAAUCUUUGAUAUAGUGGUGAACCAUAUAGACUAGAGAAGACUCAGGUUUGAUGCUCUGCCUAUACUGAAUUAACUGAUCUCUGCUGGGAUGGAGAUAGGGCUACUGCAAUUGACCUGAGUGCCCAGGACCAGGGAAAGGGACGUAGACCUUUGCAUUGAUUUCUGAAUGCUCUCCAGUAACCCCUGCUAGAAAUUUCUGAGUGUAGGUCUGGGUUUAGCUGGGCCAACUCUCAUAAAUGUGCAGCCUGCUGGAGUUCAUCAUCUACGCACAGUGAAGAAUGGUCACUGGUGUAAAGUAUCAGAGAGGAUCAGCUACCUGCAACUGAUGACCCAGCAAGACCCAGUGUCCUAAGGAGGUGAGGAGAAAAAUGUGGAGAGAACAGAGAUAAACUGAGUUGGUGAAUAAAACUGCCCUUUGAGUAGCUCAGGCUUGAUUCCCAGUACUGAACUAGCUAAUCUCAACUGGGUAAGUGAUAGCAGUGCUCCAGGGUUAGAGACAGGGUAAUCGGCAAUAACCCCUCAAUCCUAAUUACUACACGCUGCUUUCUGUUGAAAAAUAAUAGUA